AUGGGUACUGGUAAGAAAGAGAAAUCUAGACGUAUUCGUGAAGGUGACACCAAAGAUGGUAAUCUUCGUGUGAAGGGUGAGAAUUUCUACAGAGACUCCAAGAGAGUCAAAUUUCUGAAUAUGUACACUAGUGGGAAGGAGAUCAGGAACAAGAAAGGUAACUUAAUUAGGGCUGCUUCUUUCCAGGACUCCACGAUACCGGAUGCGAGGGUCCAACCGGAUCGUCGUUGGUUCGGUAACACAAGAGUGAUAUCACAGGAUGCCUUGCAGCAUUUCAGGAGUGCAUUGGGAGAAACUCAAAAAGACACAUAUCAGGUUCUUCUGAGAAGAAACAAGCUUCCUAUGUCAUUGUUGGAAGAAAAGGAUACUGAUGAAUCACCAAAAGCCAGAAUCCUGGACACCGAGAGUUAUGCUGAUGCGUUCGGGCCCAAAGCGCAAAGAAAGAGACCACGUCUUGCCGCAUCUAAUCUAGAGGACUUGGUCAAGGCUACAGAUGAAGACAUUAACAAGUAUGAGGAAAAGCAAGUCUUAGAUGCCACUUUGGGGCUAAUGGGGAACCAGGAAGACAAAGAAAAUGGGUGGACGGCUGCAGCAAAAGAAGCCAUUUUUAGUAAGGGUCAGUCCAAACGUAUUUGGAACGAAUUAUAUAAAGUGAUCGAUUCUUCUGACGUGGUAAUACACGUUCUAGAUGCAAGAGAUCCAUUGGGUACACGUUGUAAGUCCGUGGAAGAGUAUAUGAAGAAGGAAACACCACACAAACAUUUGAUAUACGUUCUUAACAAGUGUGAUUUGGUACCUACCUGGGUUGCAGCAGCUUGGGUCAAACAUUUAUCGAAGGAACGUCCAACUUUGGCGUUCCAUGCAUCCAUUACCAACUCCUUUGGUAAAGGUUCGUUAAUCCAAUUACUACGUCAGUUCUCCCAGUUGCAUACUGAUAGAAAGCAAAUCUCCGUUGGGUUUAUCGGUUAUCCAAAUACUGGCAAAUCAUCCAUCAUUAACACGUUGAGAAAGAAAAAAGUGUGUCAAGUGGCACCAAUCCCUGGUGAAACUAAAGUCUGGCAAUAUAUUACUCUUAUGAAAAGAAUUUUUUUAAUUGAUUGUCCAGGUAUUGUACCACCUUCUAGCAAGGAUUCCGAAGAAGACAUUUUGUUUAGAGGUGUAGUCAGAGUCGAACAUGUCACGCAUCCAGAGCAGUAUAUCCCAGGUGUCCUGAAACGUUGUCAGGUUAAGCACUUAGAAAGAACCUAUGAAAUCUCAGGAUGGAAGGACGCCACUGAGUUUAUUGAAAUUCUGGCAAGGAAGCAAGGUAGAUUACUGAAGGGUGGUGAGCCCGAUGAGUCUGGCGUUUCCAAGCAAAUACUGAACGAUUUUAACAGAGGUAAGAUCCCUUGGUUCGUCCUUCCACCUGAAAAGGAAGAGGAAGCCAAACCAAAGAAGACAGAAGUUGGAAAGACAGCAUAG